AUGCCCCCAGUUACGAUAAACACUGAUCAUUUCAGCCUCGAUGUCGGUGGCUUCGCAGGGUUUUUUGGAGGUGAUGAGGCGGUCUCCGCGAUGGAGACCGUGCAUCUCUAUAGAGCAAGGCGGUGGACAGGCUGGUUCAAUUCCCCGGGCAGCUACAGUGUCGGGAGGCACUAUGGCCGACUUGCCAAUUCUCGUUUUUGGGACGGAAUGUUUCCAGGAGCCCAUAUAGAGCCCACCACGUACAUAGGGCUGGAUGGAAAGUCCGGUCCUAUGUAUGUCGCAUCCCAGUCCGGCACAUUCCUAAAACAAACGGGUCACCUCGCAUACCUGUUGAUGCAGAAAUGCAAAGACCAACGAGCCGUGAUAGUAGAGGGACGAAAGACAAGGGCAAAUAAAGUUACCAUCUUGGACAUGCCAGACAUCAAGUUCGACGCUGGUACCGAAAAUAGCUUGGUCAUCCAUGCCCGAGAUGGCUUCCACAAACACGUCGCAUUGAUCCCUAUCGCUACCAGCGUCGCAACAUGCAUACUUUGUGCGUGGGGCGAUGACUGGUAUUGCUUCUCCUUGAUCCUCCUCGGCAUUCUCGUCAACGGCAUCUCGUGUUUUGUCAUCGGCUCUGCGGCCAUAGUCCUCCAGAGUGCCGCCUCUUCUAAAAAUGCACCGCCAGGCGAUGGCAUGCUGAUGGACGGAAAUCAUGUGAUCGUCGUCCGUGGAAAAGAGAAGAAUGUACUUGCCAUCACGCAGGGCAAGUUUCACUUGGAGUACGAGCCCUGGGUCCACGCCGAGACCAAUGACGAAUACGCAGCGAUCGGGUUCUGCUCGCUCCUCCUAGUCAUUCAAUUUCUGACGCAGUUGCUCCUGAUACCACAGGGCAAACUGUUUGGGCAGGUCAUGUUCCUAAUGUCCUUCGCUGUGUCAUGGGCGUACAAUCUCUUCUUGUCGUCCAUGGACGGGGAAUACCUGCAGGAGGAACAGCUCGUCCAAGCGUUGACUCUGUCGGAGGAUCGCAUGAAGACGUACAAACUGGGCACAAGAACGGCCGCAGCUGUUUUCGCUUGCCUAACCCUUCAGCCCGACUGCGAGCACAAAGAUUGGGGGAACAGAGGGUUUAAACCACAAGAGAUCCUUCGACAGUUCAUCCCGAACGACACGCACGUAUGGACGGUCUGGAGAGAACAGGUUUUGGAGCAGAUGAGAAGCAGCAAGCAGGGCGGCUUGCAAUCACUUGACCUCGAGGCUUGCGGUAACCGCAUAGCUGCGUUCAACGAUGUCGAUAAGAGCUUGUUGGGCGACUUGCUCUCGGAUGCUCGCACUGCAUACCAACAAUAUUUGGUAUUGCAGGUUCGGAGUCGCAGCUUGAUUGGCAGCGUUUCGAGUAGUGUAAAAACGGAGGCAUGA